GUCAGAAAACAAUCAAACCUUUUAAAUGUGUCUUGUACUUUUUAUAAAAACAAACAAACAAACAAACAAACAAUUUUCCGGUUAAUAAACCGGUUCUGGUUCUGGUUCUGGUGGACCCAGCACCGCAGGUCCGGCUCUCUCCUCCCUCAGACUCUUGGACCGCCUCCAUCCUUGAAAAGGACCCGGACCGCCCUGGACCCGAACUAUUUGAACCCGAACCAUCUGCACCCCCAGCAUUAUGAUGGACCAGAACCGGGCGGCUCCUGUCUGACCGAACCUCCCGAACCCUGACCCGCAACUUUCUCUCUUGGUCCUCUGGUCCCGACUCCAGGGUCAUGCCGUCCGGAACCAGCCCAAGAACCGGAUUUUCUGUGCGGGACCUCCUGAACCUUCCGAACCCGCCUGGAACCGAGGAGCCGAACUCCAAAGAGGAUCCGAACAGCUGGAUCAACUGGAGCCGCGGAACCGAGUCCAGUUCAGAGCAGAAACCAGCCGAACUCUGCUCGGACGGGUCCCGGUUCGGGUCGGCCCAGAAGAACCGCGGCAGAAAGAGACGCGUGCUGUUCUCCAAGGCGCAGACCUUCGAACUGGAGCGGCGGUUCCGACAGCAGCGGUACCUGUCGGUUCCGGAGCGGGAGCACCUGGCGGCUCUGAUCCACCUCACCCCGAACCAGGUCAAGAUCUGGUUCCAGAACCACCGCUACAAGCUGAAGCGUGCCCGAACCGAGCGGCACCAGGAGCUGCAGCUGCUGCCGAACCGGGUCACUAUCCCGGUUCUGGUGCGGGACGGGAGGCCCUGCGAACCGUUCCGGUCCGGAUUCAGGUCCGGAAUCAGCCUGCCUUUGUGCGCCUACCCACCUCUGCUGCACCCAGCCUGCGGUUCGGAACCGAGUGGACCGAACGGACCGCAGCAGCAUCUUGCCCACUUUUACCCCUGGACCUGGUGACACCAGAACUUUAUGAAGGUCCAGAAAAGACUGAAGACAUGUUCUGGUUCUGUUGGGUUUUUCUCCUCUAGAACCUCCUGGUUCUGGUGGACGGGUUCUGUCUCAUCACUCAUUCUAACCGAACCGAACCGGCUUGCAUCACCUGCUUGUUGUUGUUGUUGUUGUUGUUGUUGUUGUUGUUGUUGUUGUUGUUGUUGUUGUUGUUGUUGUUGUUGUUGUACUCUGCUCAUGGUGCUGACCCAAGGCUCGGCUCAGAUGGACUAAAUAAAUAAAUAAAACCGGUUCAGUUCAGUUCUGUUGGACCCAGUUUGGUUCAGACGGUUUUUAUAAUCGGUACAUAAAACUAAACACGUGAAAAGGUUGAAAACCUGAUUGAUGUUCUCUAAAUUAUUGUCUUUUCUGAAAAUAUCCGUCAACAUUUCAUUUGUUUACCGUGUUUCUUUGUAAAUAAAAUAUAAGUUAUUGUU